UGUUUCUUCCUCCCUCAAAUUCUCUCAAUCUCACUGAGAAGAGAAGCGCGACCGCUAAGAACAUCCCAGAACCCUAGCCUAUCUUGUCUAAACUUUUGUUAACCAUGUCGAGGAGAAAGACCAGAGAGCCCAAGGAGGAAAAUGUCACUCUCGGACCUGCUGUCCGUGAGGGAGAGCAAGUCUUUGGCGUUGUUCACAUCUUUGCGUCAUUCAACGACACAUUCAUUCAUGUGACUGAUCUCUCUGGAAGGGAAACUCUUGUUCGUAUUACUGGUGGCAUGAAGGUCAAGGCUGAUCGUGAUGAGUCUUCUCCAUACGCUGCUAUGCUUGCAGCCCAAGAUGUUGCUCAGAGAUGCAAGGAACUUGGCAUCACAGCCCUUCAUGUGAAGCUCCGGGCUACUGGUGGAAACAAGACCAAGACUCCUGGUCCUGGUGCUCAGUCAGCCCUCAGAGCUCUUGCUCGUUCCGGCAUGAAGAUUGGUCGUAUAGAGGAUGUGACACCAAUUCCGACAGACAGUACCCGUAGAAAGGGUGGUAGAAGGGGAAGGAGGCUGUAAUUGUCCUGGCGCCAUGUAUCUCGCCGACCUCCUUUAUCGUUCGGUACUUUGAAUUUAAGCUCAGCAUUUCUAAAUCUUCACAUGCAGUUGUUUCAAGUCACUGUGGUAGUUUUGGUCUUUGUGAAUUGGGAAUUCAGAGUUUCCCAAAGGAAUGGAUAAGUAUUAUCAGAACAAAGCCGCUUUCUUUGGUUUCAACUUGGUUAUGGUAUUUUGCAUAUUUGAAGAUGAUGAUGUGGUUUUGGUCGUGGAUGAAUGAAGCAAUAAUCGUUCAGGCA